AUGGCGCUCCUGGAGCUCGCUCUCCGCCCGGCCUCGUGGCCCCUCUACGUCUGGCUGUCGCUCCUCGUCGUCGCCCCGGCCGUCAUCCUCCUGCGCGACGUCUACGUCUGGUGGCGCAUGCCGCCCGGCCCGACGCCGCUGCCCUUCCUCGGCAACAAGUUCCAGCUGCCCAAGAGCCAGCCCUGGCUGCAGUUCGAGCGGUGGUCGCGCGUCUACGGGCCCAUCUUCACCGUCUGGAUUGGGCGGCGGCCGACGGUCGUCAUCUCGGACCCCGUCGUCGCCUCGGACCUCAUGGAGGCCCGCUCGUCCAAGUACUCGUCGCGCCCGCGCAUGGUCGCCAUGGGCGAGAUCUACUGGGACGGCGCGUCCAUCCUCGUGCAGCCGUACGGCAAGACCUGGUCCGUCCGCCGCAAGCUGCUGCACAUGGCCCUCAGCCCCAAGGCGCUCAAGCUGUACAAGCCCGUGCAGGAGGCCGAGGCCGCGCGCCUCGCGUACCGCCUGCUCGCCGACCCGGCCCGCUGGGUCAAGCACAUCGAGACCUUCACCUCGAGCGUCGUCUUCUGCGUCGCCUACGGCCACCGCAUCGACUCGCUCAACGCAAACGUCAUCCGCCAGCGCUUCCAGUUCAUGCACUACGCCUCCUCCCUCAACGUCCCCGGCAAGUACCUCGUCGAGACCCUGCCGAUCCUCAAGUACGUGCCCGACGCCCUGGCGCCCUGGAAGCGCGAGAUCAAGGCCAAGGGCCGCGAGGAGUCGGCCGCCAACAUGGCCCUCGUCGACAUGGUCAAGGGCGACAUGACGCGCGCCAAGGCCGAGAACCGCCUCGACCUGCUGCCCGACUCGCUGUGCAAGCUGCUGCUCGAGAUGCGCCACGAGACCGAGAUCCCGCUGUCGGACCGCGACUUCUCGUACAUCCCGGCCUCGCUCUUCGGCGCCGGCUCCGACACCACCGCCUCGACCAUGUGCAGCGCCUUCCUCGCCCUCAUCACCCACCCGGAGACCCUGCGCGCCGCGCAGGCCGAGCUCGACGAAGUCGUGGGGCCGGACCGCACGCCGACCUUCGACGACGAGGCCAGCCUGCCCUACGUGCGCGCCCUGUGCAAGGAGGUCCUGCGCUGGCGGCCCGUCGCCGUGCUCGGCGGCACGCCGCACGCCUCGACCGAGGACGACUGGUACGAGGGCCACUACAUCCCCGCCGGCACCACCAUCCUCGGCAACUCGUGGGCCAUCAACCUCAACGAGAAGUACUACCCGAACCCGCACCACUUCUACCCGCCGCGCUUCCUGGACGAGGCCGUCGCCGCCCGGCACACCGCCGCCAAGGGCGGCGUCGCCGCUCCCGUCAUCGGCGAGAAGCACGCCGUCGAGGACGGCGGCCUGCCGCACCCGGCCAAGAGCGGGCACUCGUCCUUCGGCUGGGGCCGGCGCGUGUGCCCCGGCGCCAACCUGGCCACCAACUCGCUCUUCGCGGCGCUGUCCAAGCUCAUGUGGGCGUACGACAUCCUGCCCAUCGAGGGCCGGCGGUACGACACCUUUGCCUACACCGACGGCUUCAACAUCCGCCCGCAGGAGUUCCAGUGCAUCAUCCGCGUGCGCAGCGAGGCGCACCGCAAGGUGCUCGAGAGGGAAAACAAGGAGGCCGAGGCCUACCUGGAGAAGUUUACUGCUUUUGAGGAGUAA